AUGGCGAUUAGAAGGAUCUAUAUCAGCAUAGGAUAUGCUAGCUUUGGCGCUCUGGUUGGACUUUCGGCUUUUUUGGUCUGGAAUAUUGUUUAUCAUCAGCCAUGGACGGCGGCGAUGGGAGGCCUUUCAGGUGUGUUGGCACUGUGGGCUUUGGUCACUCACGUCAUGUACCUUCAGGACUACUGGCGCACAUGGCUUAAAGGUCUUAAGCUCUUCAUUGGCGUCGGCAUGCUCUUCUGCAUUGUGGCCAUGACGGCAUUCGUCACCUUCAUGACACUGGCCAUCACACAGAAGCAAACAUUGACUGAUCCAAGGAGUCUUUACCUGUCGUGUGUGUGGAGUUUCAUAACCCUCAAGUGGUCCUCCAUCUUGGUCUUUUACUCAUACCGAUACCGGCAAGAGUUUGCAGAUAUCAGCAUCCUCAGUGAUUUUUAG